UGGAGCCGCUGCCAAAUCCAUGCAUCGCCGUCUUGGAUUUGUCAUUUGUUGAGCAUGGACAGCGAGGGGAGAAAAGUGGUGGUCUGUGACAACGGGACCGGGUUUGUCAAGUGUGGCUUCGCUGGAUCCAACUUCCCCGACCACAUCUUCCCCGCCAUGGUGGGCCGUCCCCUCAUCCGCUCCACCACCAAAGUGGGCAACAUUGAGAUAAAGGACCUGAUGGUGGGCGAUGAGGCCAGCGAAUGCCGCUCCAUGCUGGAGGUGUCCUACCCCAUGGAGAACGGCAUGGUGCGCAGCUGGGAAGACAUGCUCCACCUGUGGGACUACACCUUCGGGCCGGACCGCCUGGACGUCAACCCGCCGGAAUGCAAGAUCCUGCUAACCGAGCCGCCCAUGAACCCCACCAAGAACCGGGAGAAGAUCGCGGAGGUCAUGUUCGAGAAGUACCAGUUCUACGGCAUUUAUGUGGCUAUUCAGGCGGUGCUCACUCUGUACGCCCAGGGUUUGCUGACGGGCGUGGUCCUCGACUCGGGGGACGGGGUCACCCACAUCUGCCCCGUGUACGAGGGCUAUUCUUUACCCCACCUCACGCGCCGGCUGGACAUCGCAGGACGCGACAUCACGCGGUACCUCAUCAAGCUGCUGCUCCUCCGCGGCUACGCCUUCAACCACACGGCCGACUUCGAGACGGUGCGUCUGUUGAAGGAGGAGCUCUGCUACGUGGGCUACGACAUCGAGCAGGAGCAGCGCCUGGCGCUGGAGACCACCUACCUGGUGGAGACCUUCACGCUCCCUGACGGCCGGCAGGUGAAGGUGGGCGGGGAGAGGUUCGGGGCCCCCGAGGCUCUCUUCCAGCCCCACCUCAUCAACGUGGAGGGAGCCGGAGUGGCGGAGCUGCUGUUUAACACCAUCCAGGCCGCAGACAUCGACCUCAGGUCCGACUUCUAUAAGCACAUCGUGCUGUCGGGGGGGUCCACCAUGUACCCGGGACUUCCAUCCAGGCUGGAGAGAGAGAUGAAGCAGCUCUACCUGGAGAGGGUGCUGGACGGAGACACGCAGAAACUAUCAAAGUUCCGGAUCCGCAUCGAGGACCCCCCCCGGCGUAAACACAUGGUGUUCCUGGGCGGCGCGGUGCUGGCCAACAUCAUGAAAGACAAGGACUCCUUCUGGCUGAGCAGGGCGGAGUACCAGGAGAAAGGCCUGGGGGCGCUGCAAAAGCUGGGAGUCGGAAUCAGAUAAGAAUACAACCGGUAAACAACAAACAAAUAUAUUUCAGAUUUCAGAUAUUUCAGCUUUUACUUCCACUCCUCACCUCUUGUCGUCGUGCUGGAGGACGAGUCGACGCGCUCGUGUCAUGGCGCCGUCCAAAUGGCGCUCCUUCAUUCCUGCUGUAGUGCUGGAACCAUUUUUUUUUUAAUUAAUCAAUUAGUCGGCUGACAAAAAUAAAAAAGUGACAUUGAUGGUUACAUUUUUUUGUUUGUUUAUAUCAUUUAAAAAUGGACAUGUUUGCAUUUUGACUGUUUUCUGACUUUUCAUGAAUGUGAAUAUGUGCAACCCCGUAUUGUGAUUUGUCCACUGGAAACCACACCGUGAUGUUACUGGUGGGAAACGCCACUGACUGAAAUGUGAAAUGUUUUUAAUGGUAAAUAAUCAUAAAUCUGUCAAACUACACUAGAGGAACAACUUUGCUCUCUAGCUCAUUGUAAUCUUAAAACAGUGGUAAGAAAUUCUGUAUAUUUUCUUUGCAUUUGGGCAAAAUCAGUCCGAAUAUCUGAUUGGUCAGAUGUAUGAGGAUUUUAACAACUUUUAAAUAAACUUUAUUACACAUGCC